UAGUGAAAGAGAACAGGGCUGUCGCUCCGCAACUGGACGCUGGGUGGAGCUGUUGGGAUGUUGUAUCACGACAUCAUCGGCGUCUACCGCCAAGUCUGGGCCUUCCUCGCCAUAUACGUCCAACUGACGCUGUCAGCCAUCGCAGCUGACGACUCUGCCCGGCAGGAGGACGAGCUGUGCAUGCCUCCCCUGGGCUGCUUCAGUACCGCCCCGCCCUUCUCUCACCUACCGCUACCCUGGCACAGGGAGGUCGUCAACACCAAAUUCCUACUGCGCACGCGCUCCAACCCAGACGAGGACCACCAGAUCCACACGGGAAACAUGACGUCACUGAUGACGUCAAACUUCGAAGACCGCGUCAAAACGUACAUCGCCAUCCACGGCUUCACCCUGUUCUCCGCCAUCCCAGACACGCACUGGCGGUUCGAGUUUACCAAACGACUGUUGGAGAGGGAGAACGCGAACGUGUUUUUCGUGGACUGGCAGGGCGGCUCCCAGACCGGGGUGGACGCCAGUCAGGCCGCCUCCAACGUGCGCGUGGCCGCCGCGGAGCUGGCGCACUUUUGUACAUGGAUACAGAACCAAACCGGAGUUUCCCUGGAGUCCUUCCACGUGGUCGGCUUCAGCUUCGGUUCUCAGGUGGCGGGGCUGGCGGGAGGACAGCUCAGUAACCUGGGCCGCAUCACAGGGUUGGACCCGGCCGCCUACGGUUUCGAGGACAACCCUCCUGACGCCCAGCUGGACGAGACAGACGCCAUGUUUGUUGACGUCAUCCACACUGAUGGCGAAGUUAUCGCAGGCUGGGGGCUGGACUGGUACUGCGACCACAGCAGGGCGUACCGACUGUUCCUGGACACGAUGGACCCCUCCACGUCGCCCCUCCGCGCCUACAGGUGCGACAGUUACGAGCGCUUCCUAGCGGGGACCUGCAUGAAGUGCAGGGCGAACCGCUGCAGGAACCUGGGGAUGGACGCCAGCAGAGUUCCCAGGAAGAAACACGUCAAGAUGUACCUGAAAACGACGGGACAGUCUCCAUACAGAGUCUACCACUACUCGGUGAAGAUACACUUCCGUCCCGGCCGGUACCACAGCUACAGCGGGACCCUGUACGUCACCUUACACGGGACGCAGGGCAACACUGAGGAGAUCACACUUAGUGGGGCAGAGUUGACGAUAGAACCCCGGAAGUCCAGAACUUUUCUCGUCACAACGGUGCGAACAGUGGGCAGGCUGCAGGGCGUCACCUUCCGCUGGGCGGCGCCUCUACCACCUCAGGAGGACUCAGGUAGCUGGUUCUCCUGGUGGCGCAAAAAGCGUUCGGUGGAUGAUGUACCACCUCUCAGUGGCAAUAGACGCUCAGUACAUGGUAAACAACGUGUAGAAUUUCCCGUGAAAGAACGGCGUGAGGGACAAGACGUCAUCGCCGGUAACCAACAUCGACGUAACCGACGUUCCUAUUCGGAAGACGACGUACUUUACGUCAGAACAAUCAGGAUCAAGUCUGGACUCUCUCAAGAAAGGUUCCGACUCUGCAACCCUCGCGAACGGUCCCGGACGGAGGGCAUUCCUCCCAACCAAAGCGUCAAGUUUCGGGCUUGUUGA